AUGAAGAAAAAAAAUCGUUCGAAGGCAAGAGAAUGUGCAAAGAAAGAAGACAAAAACACCUUACGUGGACAUUAUGAAAAGAAAGAUUCUGUUGAAAUCCCUGAACCCGAUUUUAAUUCCAGUAUGGUCUACUUAAACAUAUAUGACUUAGAUGCUGUUUCAAAGGUUGUUAACACAGUGGCCAGAUCCAUGGGAGCGGGUGCUUUUCACGCAGGUGUUGAAGUGUACGGGUAUGAGUAUUCAUUCGGUUAUAUAGUAGACGGAGAAACGGGAGUAACCAAAACGAGUGCCCGCUACCACCCCUACCACGUAUAUCGUGAGAGCAUUCCUAUGGUAUUUUAUAUUUUACUGCAGGGUAAAGAACAUUUCAAAACUCAUACAUUAGAUAUUCAUACAUAUGAUAUAUUGUCACGGAAUUGUCUUAACUAUGCAGACUAUUUCUGCAAUUUAUUAGAUGUUGGCAGUAUACCCGAAUGGGUCAUGAGUUUACAAAAAAAAGUUACAUGGGUGAAGUCAAACAUAAAUGUUGCUGCGUCCAAAUUGAAGGAAUUGAACAAAGCUGCAGGAAUACCAACUGUCAUAAAUUUUAUAAAGAAAAAAUACAACGAAAAUGGUGGUGAUUAUCAAGGGUAA